CGCAGGCUCGGGCGCCUCCCUGGCGGAGGCAGCCAAUUCUCGGCCGCAGCACGGGAGGGGCGGGAGAGCAGGAGGCAGGAGGUGCCGUCGGGGCCCUCCCCUUGCCCCGCCUCCCGGUCAGAGCGCUUUGCCGCGGGCGCGUUGUUGGUUUCGGGUUGUCAGGCAGCCGCAGCUUAGGCGAGGCUGCGGGGGACCCAGAGGCGGUGGGGGUUUGGCUCGGCCAUGCCCGCUGCUGUCGCGGCCUGAGCCCCUCCAUCCCCGCAAGCAUGAAGGACAGUGGGGACUCCAAAGACCAGCAACUCAUGGUGGCGCUCCGGGUUCGGCCCAUCAACAUGGCAGAACUGGAGGAAGGAGCCACCCUCAUCGCCCAUAAAGUAGAUGAGCAGAUGGUGGUUCUCAUGGACCCAAUGGAGGACCCUGACGACAUCCUGCGGGCUCAUCGGUCACGGGAGAAGUCCUACCUGUUUGACGUGGCCUUUGACUUCACUGCUACUCAGGAGAUGGUGUAUCAGGCCACCACCAAGAGCCUCAUCAAAGGUGUCAUUUCAGGCUACAAUGCCACCGUCUUUGCCUAUGGCCCCACAGGCUGCGGGAAAACCUACACCAUGCUGGGCACAGACCAUGAGCCCGGCAUCUACGUUCGGACCCUCAAUGACCUCUUCCGCGCCAUUGAGGAGACCAGCAAUGACAUGGAAUAUGACGUGUCCAUGUCCUACCUGGAGAUCUACAAUGAGAUGAUCCGGGACCUGCUGAACCCCGCCCUGGGGUACCUGGAGCUGAGGGAGGACUCCAAAGGGGUGAUCCAGGUGGCAGGAAUCACGGAGGUCUCCACCAUCAAUGCCAAAGAGAUAAUGCAGCUGCUGAUGAAGGGGAACCGGCAGAGGACCCAGGAGCCCACGGCAGCCAACCAGACAUCCUCGCGCUCCCACGCCGUGCUCCAGGUGGCGGUGCGUCAGCGCAGCCGCGUCAAGAACGUCCUGCAGGAGGUGCGGCUGGGCCGGCUGUUCAUGAUUGACCUGGCGGGGUCUGAGCGGGCGUCCCAGACACAGAACCGUGGGCAGCGCAUGAAAGAGGGGGCCCACAUCAACCGCUCCCUGCUGGCCCUGGGCAACUGUAUCAAUGCACUGAGUGACAAGAGCGGCAACAAAUACAUCAACUAUCGUGACAGCAAGCUCACGCGGCUCCUGAAGGAUUCCCUCGGGGGGAACAGCCGCACCGUGAUGAUUGCUCACAUCAGCCCAGCGAGCAGUGCCUUCGAGGAGUCCCGGAACACCCUGACCUACGCCGGCCGGGCCAAGAAUAUCAAGACCAGGGUGAAGCAGAACCUGCUCAGUGUCUCCUACCACAUUGCACAGUACACCAGCAUCAUCGCCGACCUGCGGGGCGAGAUCCAGCGCCUCAAGUGCAAGAUCGACGAGCAGGGUGGGCGAGGCCAGGCCAGGGGACGGCUGGAACGGGGUGACAUUCGCCACAUCCAAGCCGAGGUCCAACAGCACAGCGGGCAGGAUGAGCAGGCCGACAUGGGACAGCUGCGGGAGCAGCUCAUCAGCGCUUUCCAGGAGCAGAUGGACGUGCGAAGACGCCUGCUGGAGCUGGAGAACCAUGCCAUGGAGGUCCAGAUAGACACCUCCCGCCACCUGCUCACCAUCGCUGGCUGGGAGCACGAGAAGUCUCGCAGGGCACUCAAAUGGAGGGAGGAGCAGCGGAAAGAAUCCUACACCAAGGACGACAGCGAGAAGGAGUCGGACACGGGUGAUGACCAGCCAGACAUCCUUGAGCCGCCAGAGGUGGCCUCAGCGCGGGAGAGGAUUGCUGCCCUGGUGGGCGAGCAGAAAAAACUGCGCAAGCAGAAGCUGGCGCUGGAGCAGCGCUGCCGCGAGCUGCGCACACGCAGUCGGCGCCUGGAGGAGACGCUGCCGCGGCGCAUUGGCUCCGAAGAGCAGCGCGAGGUGCUUAGCCUGCUGUGCCGCGUGCACGAGCUGGAGGUGGAGAACACCGGGAUGCAGUCGCACGCGCUGCUCCGCGACGGAGCGCUCCGCCACCGCCGCGAGGCCGUGCGCCGCCUGGAGCAGCACCGCAGCCUCUGCGAAGAGAUCAUCCAGGGCCAGCGGCAGAUCAUCGAUGACUACAACCUGGCCGUCCCCCAACACCUGGAGGAGCUCUACGAAGUGUACCUGCGGGAGCUGGAGGAGGGCAGCCUGGAGCGGGCCACCAUCAUGGACCGGGUGGCCUCUAGGGCCCUGCAGGACUGCUCCUUGCCCAGAAUUACCCCAGCAGGAGCCACGCUGACCCCGGAGUCUGACCCGGAGAGUGUGAAUAUGCUGAGCUCUGAAGCCCAGCGCCUACAGAACAGUGUCCUCCCUCCUCUCAGCACGGAGAGUGAAAGCAACCGUGUAUUCAAGGCCAGUCCCCGGGCCUGGCAGGUGAAGAGCUCCUCUGUGACCACGCACCCUCCCAUCCAGAUCGGCGGCCUGGUGACCCAGGAGGCCCCCACUCAGGACGGCCUGGUCAGCCUGAGCAGCCGAAUCAACUCUUCCCCCGACAGCAGCGAGACCCUGUCAGAGAUCCCUUUAAACUACAAAGAAAAGAAGGCGAUCCUGACAGGUACCAAGUGCAUCUCAGUGAAGGCGGCCCGGAGGCGCUCGAAAGCCCUGGGCACCGAGGGGCGCCACCUGCUGGCACCUUCCACGGAGCGCAGCAGCCUAUCCCUGCGCUCGCUGAGUGAGGCAGAGGAUUCGCGGCCACCCGGCCCGCUGGCCUGCAAGCGGCCACCCAGCCCCACGCUGCAGCACGCUGCCAGCGAGGACAACCUGUCCAGCAGCACGGGCGAGGCCCCGUCCCAGGGGGUUGAGCAUCGUGGCGAUGACCCUGGGCCUUGGCUGCGAGGCCAGAAGAAAAGCCUGGGCAAGAAACGGGAGGAGUCACUGGAGGCAAAGAGGAGGAAGCGGAGGUCCCGGUCCUUCGAGGUCACGGGGCAAGGGCUCACCCGCCCCAAGACACACCUCCUGGGCCCUCGUCCCUUGGAGAACACUGCGGACCACAGGAUGCCAGUGUGUGGGCGCCCAGCCCCUGGUAUCCGGCAUCUGGGAAAAGUCAUGCUGCCUUUGGCCAAAGUCAAACUCCCUCCAAGACAAAGUAUCGGCCCUAGGGACUCCUCCCCUCUUGCUGUUCCCUCCAACCCAGCUGGUGUUUCCCGACGGGCUACACAAGGGCCCCGCCUGCCCCAUGGCAGCGCAAGCACCCACGGCAAAGAUGGACGCUUCCGGCAUAACUGAGGGGCCUUGGCCGGAACCCUCCCGCCUGCCCCUAAGACUGAAUGGGGUAUAGCAGGAAAUGGGAGAUGGAGGCUGGGCAGAUGGGGUGACCUGGGGACAAGAGCUCAGGAUCUCAGAAGGCUGGGGCUCCUGAGGCCCAGGAAUUGUGAGGGUGUCUGUCCACCCCUUCCACGCGUGCAGUGCCACUGGGGAAGGAAGGUGAGCUCAGGAGGCAUGGCCAGGAUGACAGGGCUCCCUGGCCUCCCAGCCCUGGACAGAACCCUGUUGCCAAAACCCUGCCCAGACCUGUGGCCAGACUUGGCCUCGGAAAUGGGGGUGGGGGCGGAGGUGGUAGUGGGACAGGGCUCCUCGGCCCACACCUGGGGUGACGGAUCCUGGAUGGUGGGGAAGGGGCCAGCCAGCACUUCACAUACUGCGGGGUGCGAUGGGGUGUGGGGGAAGGAGGGGGCGGAACCUGGUUUUGUUCCUUGGCAGUGGAUUUUUCUCCCCUCCUUUUUAACAGUAAAAUCCCAUGUUGGUCUUGA